UGACGUCACUACUGACGCCUCUCGCGGAUAAGUUUUUCAGCGAGUGUUGCAUCGCGUCAUUCAGACCCAACGCUCGCUCGCGCGUCACAGCAGGAGAAGAGACGAUGAUCAUCGACAGAGUUAGUGAGGGGUUGUCCGGUGUUCUGGACCGGGACAGCGAUGUGAUGACCAGUCCGGUGGACCUGCUGUCGUUCUACGGAUGCGCUUCUCCCGCGGAACCGAAUCUGUCCGACUCGGAGCAGAGCUGGAGCAGCGCGAGCAGCCCUCAAAACAGCGACAGCGUGGAAGCGCACAGCGCGCGCAGACCGAGUCGCUAUCAAGGCGUGCGCGUGAAGAACACCGUCAAAGAGCUGAUCCUGCAGAAGCGACACCACAGCCAGGCUCAGCAAUAUCAAGUGGAAAAUGAAUGUCCAGCUGUAAUACAUGCGCUGCAGAGAACGAGGAGGGAACUGGAGAAUCUGUGUCUCUGUCCUGGUAAACGACUGCGAGUCGCAGACCCGUUUCCGUGCGGUGAGAACAUGUUCUGUGAUGCUGAGAUGCUGGAGGACAUCGGGGACGUUCUGUCCAUCGAGUCUGUGACGGUGAGAGGCUUUCCUCAGGAUCUGUGCGCUGAUGCCCAAAGCCAUCUGAACACAUUCCCAUCCUCGUCCGGCCUCAGCCUGACCGCUGCACCUCCAGUGUCCUUCUUCCAGUGGCAGAUCCAGCAGGAGGAGGAGAGACUGGCUGCUCUGAGCCACAUGGAGCUCACCGCUCGAGACGCAGACGGAGACACGUACUUGCACAUCGCGGUGGCUCAGGGAAGAAGAGCUCUGGCGUAUGUCCUCGCCAGGAGAAUGGCUGCCAUCGGCAUGCUGGACAUGAAAGAACACAACGACCAGAGCGCCUUCCAGGUGAGCGUCGCUGCAGACCAGCACCUGAUCGCUCAAGACCUGCUUCUGCUGGGAGCCGAGCUCAACACCAGGGACUGCUGGGGCCGGGCCCCGCUCCACGUCUGCGCAGAGAAGGGCCACUGCUCCACGCUGCAGGCCAUCCAGAGAUCUGUGCAGACGAGCGGACGGCUGGUGAACGUGGAGGUGGUCAACUAUGACGGACUCACACCUCUCCAUGUGGCGGUGCUGUCCCACAAUGCCGUGCUGCAGGAGCUGAGCCGUGGCCCUCCGUGUGCUCAGAGUCCGGUUCUGCUGCAGAAGAGGAAGCUGCUCGCCGAGUGUGUGAACACACUGCUGUUGAUGGGCGCCUCGCUGGAGGCCAAGGACUGUAAGAGCGGCCGCACCGCGCUGCAUAUGGCUGCCGAAGAGGCCAACGUCGAGCUGCUGCGCCUCUUUCUGGAUCAGUCCACCUACUGCCCGGUCAUAAACGCCAAGGCGUUCAGCGGGAACACGGCUCUGCACAUGGCCAGCGCUCUGCAGGGCCGGCUGACUCAACCGGACGCGGUGCGACUGCUGCUGAGACGAGGAGCCGAUCCCAGCACCAAGAACCUGGAGCACGAGCAGCCGGUCCAGCUAGUGCCCGACGGGCCCCUGGGAGACCAGGUGCGUCGGAUCCUGAAAGGUAAAGGAGCGCUGUCCCGCUCGUGAGAAUCGCUGUCAGUCAGGCAGCCGUCUGUGUACAGAUUCAUUUGCCGCCGCAGGCAGAUGUCGGUUGUUUCUAUGAAACAGUUUUAUCAUUGUUCACUACUGAGUAGUAGACGGCACAGGAAAGUGAGAGCAACGGCUCAGAGAUGCUACCGGACGUCAGAAGAGGAAUCCAGUGUUAUGAGGAAGUUAGGAAGGAUUAUUCAGAAAGCAAUAAUAAAUGAGGACACGUCGUUAAAGAGGAAGAAAGUGAAUCUUCUUCUCUUGUUCGUUAGCAGAUCUGAAACGCUGCAUUUGGCUCUGAUGUGUAAAAGGUUGUAAACUAUAAUCUCUAAACUCUGUCUGUAUUAUUAUUCUGUUAUUAUUAUUACUCUGAUGUGUGUUUUGUCAGAAUGUUAAACACGAGAUGAUAAUCAGUAACUUUAAACCUGUUGGACCAGAACGUCCCCGAGUGUUGACUUCAGGCGUGUCUCGGCGUGUUAUUUUGGGACUUUCUUCCAUUGAUAAUUAACUUUUUAUGAGGUCAUGCCAUUCUCGAGAAGUCCUCUAAUUAUUCUGGAUAACUCUGAUUAUUCUGUUUGAUUGUAACUGCUGUUCUCAGAAUCAACGGUAAAAUCCACAUAAAAAUAGGGUUAAAGGUGUUUGUUUUUGAUGAAGACAGAAAGAGAUGGCAUUAGUGCAUUAUAACAGCUCAUAUUACAUGUAUUUGCAUGUUAUUGCUGAUGUAUGAGUUUUUGUGGUGAUGGGAUUAGUACAGUAUAUAUUGUUAUUCUUUAUCUCUUUAUAUAUGUAUAUAUGCUGUCAUUCAGCAUUAUGUUUAUUGUGCAUCAGGAGCGGGUCAUUGUUUGUGUUUCCUUUGCAGGUCACAUGAUAUUCUGUGUGUUUAAUUGUCAGCUGUAAUUCAGUCUUAAAUAAAGAUUCCUUGUUCUGUU